AUUGCUUGUCUGAGGCGUAAUGACACCACCGGAAGCCAGGCCUUAUUGAGCUCAUGUAUUGGAGGUUUGCAGUACAGACUCCUCACCGUCCCACUCUGAUGGCGUCGUUAUCUAUGGCAACAUCUGCUCACAUAUGCACCACAUGCAGGACAACCCCGGGAUCGCUCCCGGCCAAUGCGGCCCCAAUCCUUCUUAUAACUUGACAAACCCUCUCGAAACCAACGCUUUCCUCGAGGUGAAGCUUGGUACGCUUCUGGAAAGGUUAUACCAACCUCAACACAGCUACUGUUUGACACGGCUUGCCAAUAGCUGUGGGUCAUCUUCGACAUGGCCACCCACGAGUCUGGCACAAUCAGCUUCCAAAAGUCUGAUUCUGACGACAAGUAUGCUUCGCAGUCAAGCCGGCAUGUUGUGGAUGACCAGCCUCUCAAAGCGCCAUGGUGGUCUUACAUCUGGGACUACGAGCCAGGCCGGUCCAGCGAAGAGCGAAAGUUUGUAAACAAACUGGACUGGUACCUCGUUACCAUGCUAUCUCUGGGCUAUUUCAUUAAGAACUUGGAUCAGACCAAUAUCUCAAACGCCUACGUCUCCGGAAUGAAGGAAGAUCUCGGGAUGAACGCCAAUGAGAUAAAUUUAAUCGAUGUGGCCUGGACUUGUGGUUACGUAAUCGGCCAAAUCCCUUCCCAGAUCGUUCUAACCAAAGUACGACCGUCUAUCUGGGUGCCGUCGUGCGAGCUCGUCUGGACCAUGCUCACGUUCUGUCUUGCCGCGGCUAAGACCUCGAACCACGUGAUCGCGAUUCGGUUCUUCGUCGGCCUGGCAGAGUCGAUAUUCUACCCGGCGGCUCACACCAUCCUUGGCUCGUGGUAUCAGCCACUCGAGCUGGGCAAGCGUGCUUGUAUCUUUCACGCGUCUUCGGCAGUCGCUAGUAUGUUUUCGGGCUACCUGCAAGCCGCGGUAUAUACUGGACUAAAUGGGCGGCAUGGAUUCGCGGGCUGGCAGUGGCUAUUUAUUAUGGAUGGUGUUAUUAGUCUACCGAUUUGUCUCGCAGGCUUUUUCUUACUGCCAGACUUCCCAGAGAAUACUAGGGCAUUCUAUAUCACACAAGAAGAUCGUACUCUAGCUGCUGAGCGGAUGAAGAAGGUCGGCCGAGCGCCAAGAGCACGACUUGGACGAACUGUGUGGAAGCGGGUCUUUGGCCGCUGGCACGUCUAUCUUCUGACGAUCCUUUACAUCAUAUUCAUCAACCUCGGCCCAUCGAGCAGCAUCAACGUUUUCUCCAUCUGGCUGAAGCAGAACGGAUAUUCCGUAUCUCUUAUCAACAUCAUCCCAACGGCAUCCUCUGCGAUCCAGCUCGUCCUCACCGUCUCCUUUGCCAUCAUUUCCGACGCCAUCCGCCACCGCGGGCGGAUCAUGUCCAUAUCGACCCUGCUCGGCGGCUUCGCGUCCCUGGUCCUCGCCAUCUGGGCCAUCCCCUCGGGACUGAAAUGGUUCGCCUUCUUCCUGCAGCGCGCGUCAGUGCCCUACGGACCCCUGAGCAUGAGCUGGGCCAACGAGAUCUGCGGCCACGACGCCGAGGAGCGCGCCAUCGUCAUCGGCAUCAUGAACUCGAUGGGCUAUGCGUUCAACUGCUUCGUGCCGCUCUUCACGUACCCGGCAGUAGACGCGCCCACGUUCAGAAAGGGAUUUGUGUACACCACUGUCAUGUUUGGCGCUCAGGGACUGAUUACGGCUGCUGUGGCGACGUUGUAUAAGCGGGAGACGAAGCAGAGGGAGGCGCUUGAGGGAUCCAGGGACGAGGAGAGCCCGGUUGUUGCUCCGGCUGCCGUCGCUUCUGGGGUGGAAGUGGCAGGGCAAUGAAUGCGGUGAAAAUGGGUUCUCGCCUUCUAUUCAUAGGGCAGGUCCAUACGCGCCGAGCCAGCACAGUCCGGGCAUUGGGAACUGCAUAAUGGCAGCAGAUAGUGCGAGGAGUCUGACCAUGGACAAUCCCAGACUGUUACUAGUAAUGCCAGAAAGCCCUGCUGCGUCCUCGUGCCGCGGCAACAGUUUAAUUUGAGCAAAUUCUGUGUCCGCACGACUCUGAUCAUAUAAGGGUAUCGUACAGUUGAUAAGGCGCAAAGUAGAAGCCAUUGUCAACUUGCAACACAACGCGACCUCGGACAUCCCGAGGAUGCGAGCUCGUGGCGACACUGACCACAUGCCCACCCUGCUCGACCGCCCACAUCCG